AUGGCAACAAUUCAACAAGAACGUGAAAUGAUGUCGGUUGCUUCUCCUUCCGAUGAUCAUCACAAUAGUGCGGAUGAUGAGCAACAGGAAUUACCUUCACAACAAAAUAAUUAUACAAAUAAUAAUAUUAACAAGGAAAAUGUUGAUUUGGAAUCACAAUUAGAACCAUUGAAGGGUCCUGGUUUUUAUCCACAACAAGAAAUUAAUUGGCAAGCUAUUGGAAACUUUUCGGGUAUUGAACAUCAAGUGAGACACAAGUUGAGAAGUAUUUAUUUAAUUUUGGCUGGUACAGUUUUGAUGAGUACGUUGGGAUCUGGUUUGGCAGUUUAUUUCAGAUUAGAACCAUCUCUUCUUUAUACAAUUGUUGCUUUCGGAUUUAUGAUUUAUGUGGCAGUUACGAGCUCUUUGGCUGGAUUGUUAUUAUUUGGUUUGACUAUUGGAUUGGAAAUUGGACCUGCAAUCAGAAUGAUUAUGGAAGAAAUUGAUCCAAACCUUCCAAUAUUUGCUCUUGGAGCAACUUGUGUAGUAUUUGCAUGUUUUUCAGUUUUUGCUCAUUUUUCUAAACGUAGAAGCAUGCUGUACUUGGGUGGUAUUUUGUCAAGUUUCCUCUCAGUUUUAAUGUGGACUCUUUUAUUUAGUUUCGUAUUUGGAAGUUUUGCACUGUAUGAUAUUUUGUCAAUUUAUGGAGGACUUUUCAUGUUUUGUGGUUUCAUUGUUUUUGACACACAGCUCAUUAUUGAAAGACUACAUGCUGGUGACAAUGACCUCGUUAAAAUGAGUUAUCAAUUAUUCAUUGAUUUCAUUGCAAUCUUUUUGAGAAUUCUCAUCAUUUUGGCUAAGAGAAAAUCAAAGGAUUAA